ACCAAUAAAAUCACGCUGAAGAAAAUGUCAACGUUGUUCGAUGAAUUUGUUUGUUCUGUCACUUUUUUCCAUGAAAAAGUUACUUAUAUUGCUUACUACAAAUAUCCUAAAGUCCCAUUAUUGGAUCUUGGAAAAACGAGAUAUAAUAUUCCCAUGUGAUGCUUCGUAACUGUAAUGAAGGAAAUUCAACAAGGAAAAAAAAAAUAAAAAAAGAGCCGCCUUUUCAAGAUUCUUGAUUUGUCAGUAAAUGAUUGAAAAGGAUAUCGUAAUUUACCUAAGCAUAUAAUUUCAUAAGAUAAAAACCAAUCAUACUGUACUGACAAAACUGCAUUAUUGACCACCAGUUAUAUUGGUAUAUAUAAGUUUUAGAGUAACAAAUCUGGUUCAUUCAUUUUAGUCAUUCUUGAAAAAUGAGGAAAGAAGAGAUAGAAGAGAGUAGUAGUACGGUGGGGUUGUUGAAGAGGUGUACAACUGGUGGAAGUGGAGGUUCAACAAGAUGGGUUGAUGGUAGUGAAGUGGACUCAUCAGAAGCACCACCAUGGUCACUUUUUGGUGAUGAAGAAAUUGUUAGAGAAGGUUAUGGAUCUGUUAGAAGAAGACUUGUUAAGAAGCCUAAAAGAAUUGAUUCUUUUGAUGUUGAAGCUAUGCAGAUCUCUCUUGCCCAUGCCAACCACCAUAAAAAGGAUGUUUCUCUUUUGAGUACACUUGCUCUAGCAUUUCAAACGCUUGGUGUGGUAUAUGGUGACAUGGGAACAAGCCCUUUAUAUGUUUUCACGGAUAUUUUCAGCAAAGUUCCCAUCACAUCAGAAGUUGAUGUCUUAGGGGCAUUGUCCAUUGUGUUAUACACAGUUGCUCUCAUUCCAUUAAUGAAAUAUGUGUUUAUAGUGCUCAAGGCCAAUGACAGUGGAGAAGGAGGAACGUUUGCACUGUAUUCAUUGAUCUGCAGGUAUGCAAAUGUCAACCUUCUUCCUAAUCGACAGCCAGCUGAUGAAUACAUAUCAAGUUUUAAACUCAGGUUACCCACUCCAGAACUGGAAAGGGCUAUAAAUAUAAAGGAGGUUUUGGAACGUAAAUCUUCUCUGAAAACUCUUCUCUUGUUGUUGGUUCUGAUGGGAACAUCAAUGAUUAUAGGUGAUGGUAUCUUGACCCCAGCAAUAUCAGUUAUGUCGGCUAUGAGUGGGCUGCAAGGUAGAAUCCCGGGAUUUGGCACAAAUGCUCUUGUUAUCACUUCAAUUAUCAUCCUUGGCGCAUUGUUCAGUAUACAGAAAUAUGGGUCAAGCAAAGUGGGUUUUACAUUUGCUCCUGCCCUUGCUUUGUGGUUCUUCAGUCUGGGUUCUAUUGGAAUUUAUAACCUGCUGAAGUAUGAUGUAACUGUCUUAAGGGCUUUAAAUCCAGCUUAUAUCUAUCUGUUCUUCAAGAAGAACUCAACCAAUGGAUGGUCAGCACUUGGUGGCUGUGUUUUAUGCAUCACAGGAGCGGAAGCAAUGUUUGCUGAUUUAGGUCAUUUCUCUGUGAAGUCUAUACAGAUUGCUUUCACAAGCGUUGUUUUCCCCUGCCUUUUUUUGGCCUACUUCGGUCAAGCUGCUUAUGUUAUGAAACACCCAAAUUCAACUGCCAGAGUAUUUUAUGAUUCUGUCCCAGAAAGUCUCUUUUGGCCAGUUUUUGGGAUAGCAACUAUUGCUGCUAUUAUUGCAAGCCAGGCCAUGAUAUCUGCUUCAUUUUCAUGUGUUAAGCAAGCUAUGGCUCUUGGAUGUUUCCCUAGAUUGAAGAUUAUUCACACCUCAAAGAGGCACAUGGGUCAAAUUUACAUUCCUGUCAUUAAUUGGUUUUUGAUGAUAAUGUGCAUGCUUGUGGUUGCUGCCUUCAAGAGCACGACGGACAUAGCCAAUGCAUAUGGCAUAGCUGAAGUUGGUGUCAUGAUGGUUAGCACGACUUUGGUGACAGUCGUAAUGCUUCUGAUAUGGCAAACAAAUUUGUUUCUGGCUCUCUUGUUUCCACUUAUAUUUGGAUCAAUUGAGCUCAUUUAUAUGUCCGCUGUUCUAUCCAAGAUCUUGGAGGGUGGUUGGCUUCCGCUUGCUUUUGCCUCUUUUUUCCUCUGUGUGAUGUAUAUUUGGAACUAUGGGAGUGUCUUAAAGUACCAAAGUGAGGUCAAGCAGAAGAUUUCACUGGAUUUCAUGCAUGAGCUUGGCUCUUCCCUUGGGACAGUGAGAGUACCAGGGAUCGGUUUGCUAUACAAUGAGCUAGUUCAAGGCAUUCCCUCUAUUUUUGCACAGUUUUUGUUGGAUCUUCCAGCUAUUCACUCUGUCAUAGUCUUUGUCUGCAUCAAAUAUGUGCCAGUACCUGUUGUUCCUCAGGAAGAAAGGUUCUUGUUUCGUAGGGUUGGUCCGAAAGACUAUCAUAUGUUCCGUUGUGUAGCUAGAUACGGUUAUAAAGAUGUUAGAAAAGAGGACCAUCAUGCAUUUGAGCAACUUUUAGUGGAUAGCCUUGAGAAGUUUCUAAGAAAGGAGGCCCUUGAACUUGCUUUGGAAAGCAACAUAAACCAACCAGAUCUCGAUAGCAUUUCCGUGAAGUCAAGGGAUGAGUACGAAAUACAAGAUGGUGAUGGGAUGGACGAGCUUAAGAUUCCAUUAAUGCUUGAUCAAAGAUUGGAAACUCCAGGGGCAUCAACAUCGGAAGCAAAUAUGGCAUUGCCAGCUAGUGUUAUGUCAGUUGACGAAGAUCCUAGUCUGGAAUACGAGCUAUCUGCUCUCCGAGAAGCCACAGAAUCUGGAUUUACGUACUUGCUUGGACACGGGGACGUGAGGGCGAAGAAAAACUCUUGGUUCGUCAAGAAAUUGAGCAUAAAUUACUUCUAUGCAUUCAUGAGGAAGAAUUGUAGAGGAGGUGCUGCAACAAUGCGCGUUCCUCACAUGAAUAUUAUCCAAGUGGGAAUGACAUACAUGGUUUGAUCUUGGUGCCUGCCACAUAUAUAGCUACUUGCUGGCCUUGUAUAACUCUUGCAUUACAUUUUCUUGAUGCCAAAUUAUUCAAGGCAUAAAAGAAAGCAUGAUGUUUCAAGAAGAGAACAAAUUCUUACAUCUUCAAGUGAUUUUCUUAUUCAUUAUUUGUUGCUCAUGGAUGUUCUGCCAUCUUCCUGUAUAGGCUUUUGCUGUAAAUGAUUCUCUCGUGUUUUCUUGUCCUAAAGAACAAAUGCGGACUAUUCAUUUUAGUAUGAAUAUUAUUAUUACUACAUCACUAUUAUUAAUCCUAUUGCUAUUACUAUUU